UUUCACCAGUACCAAAGUACGUAUAACCUACCUCCAUAUAUAUCAAAACCUUGCUUGCAAACAAAUUAUAUAUCAUGAAGUACUACAUGAUGAUAUCAUCAUCAUCAUCAAAAGCUCUUCAUGUUCUGCUUCUGAUUAAUCUGCUGCAGCUUGUGUUCUUUGUAACUACAUUUGAUAUGGUUGCAGGACAUGACCGAGUGCAUGUGAGAAUCUCUAAUGAAUUGGAUUUGGGAAUUGAUCUUCAACUUCAUUGCAAAUCUCGGGAUGACGAUCUUGGCGAGCAUCUACUGCACUACAACGAUAGCUACUACGAAUUCAGCUUUAGGCCUACAUAUUUUGGUUCCACACUGUUCUAUUGCAGUUUUAGUUGGAAUACCGAUGGGUGUGCUAAAAAGUAUUGGUUCGACAUCUACGACUAUCAUAGAGAGGAGACUAGUUGCACUGAAUGUUAUUGGAAAGCUCGUCUAAUUGAUAUAUGUAUGCUCAACCAUGAUGAUAAUCAGUAUGAUAUUUGCUAUAGCUGGCAUUAUUGACGAUCGAUUGUGAUCGAUUAAUGGCGAUUUUGAAGAUCAUGACAUGUCACAUGGUUUCCCUUUUUUUCUCCUUAUAAAAACACAGUAAGAGACAGAUCACUCGUAUGCAGUGUCUGUGAUCUGCUCUUGUUCUUAAGACUAUCAUGAUAUAUGAGUAGUCAUGCAAUAAUAUUAUAUUGUAGUACUCAAUCUUAUUUUUGUCAUUGAUCUUUUGAGUCGCCAUAAGCUUAUUCUUGAGGAAUUAAUUAAGCCAAAUUCAAAUAAAAUAGGUUCAUUGUGUCAA